AUGGACGAGGGUUCCGAUUCUAAAGCCCCUCGACGGAAGAGGGUGUCGAGAGCCUGUGAUCGCUGUCGAAGUAAAAAGGACAAGUGCGAUGGACUACGUCCCGCUUGUUCGGCCUGCCAGGCUUCAGGCCAGACCUGCUCAUAUGAUCCCCAUGCUAAGAAGCGCGGGUUACCAGAGGGCUAUGUUCGUGGCCUGGAGAAGCUCUGGGCCUUGUCCAUCUGCAAUAUCGAUGGCUUCGAAGACACAAUGCUAACUCUACUGGGGACCACCGCCGAAUCAGCUGGUCGGAGACAGAAGCUCAUGUCCUUAUGGACGGAUGAUGGCGCGUCAGAGACACUGCAUGAAUCUUGGAAAACCAGUCGUCUAUAUGGGGCGCUCGAGAAGAUGCUGUCUAACUCUGAGCCAGUCACGGAGAGCUCAGGAAAGCGCUCUCGGGAAGACCAUGAUGACGGCACCGGAAGUGAAUGGGGAUUCCGCAUCGACCGUAGUUCGACUCCUCUCGCUCAUGAUGCUCCGCGUGUUGUUGAGCCUUCCACCUCUCCCCAUGCUAAAAGGCCCCGGCUGGCCGCUCCCACAGACAGCAGAAUAACGUCGUAUACCGCCAGCGCUACGAAUGCCCUACAAUUACCCCCGCAGACCUCGCAGUUGUUGGACGUCUAUUUCGCAGUCACUCACUCGUGGUUCCCAAUCGUCGCAAAACACAACAUCUUACGAGCAUCGUACCUGUAUGCAAGCGCGCCGCUAUCUGUCGCAAAAAUGGCCCCAGGUUCGGGCGACCACGCCGCAUUGUGGGCCUUGCUCAGUUAUACCAUUUCGCAAUCUCGGGUUAACCCGCAGGACGGGGCGUUGGAAGCGCUUUCGAAAACCAAGGAGUAUUACUCGGUAGCUCGAAGCUUGAUUCCUUCUGAAACGGAGCGGUUCGAGCUUGGACAUGUGCAGGCACUGUUGCUGCUGACGUUGGUGAACAUCGGCCUGGAGGACUGGACUGCUGCCUGGCUGUUGAGUGGCCAGGCUGUUCGCAUGGCCAUUUCGAUGGACCUUGGAGCCUUCAUGGACGUUCGACGAUCGGACGAGUUGAGGCAAGGAAAGGCGGUUUUCCUUGGGUGUUUUGUGAUUGACUCGUUGCUUUCGUUCCGUUUGUCGAGGAGACCGUGCAUGCAUCCUCGUGAUCUCAUCAUGGUCGGGCUGUUGGAAGAAGAUGGCUUGGAAGAGUGGAACUCAUGGUCGGAUGUCUUGCCACCUACGGGGGCUGGACAAGGGAAGAGCCCUCCUCGACGGGGUCCGCUGCUCGCUCUAAGCUGCUUCAAUCGACUAGUCGAGUUAGCCGGUGUACUGAAUAAGAUUGCUCGCGACUCCACGGCCGGACCAAACGCACCCUUAUUUGCACAACAAUUAGUCAUGGAGCUUAAGCAAUGGGAUGAUCGUCUUCCUCUUGGAUGUCGCUUGAUUGGCCCAGAAAGUAUCUAUCCGGAACGACACUCGGCCUUGCUCCCGCACCAGAGCUACCUUGGCCUGACAUAUGUGGCUACGCUUCUGUGGCUUUAUCUGCGCAUUGCGCCUCAGGAGCUUGGGCUGCAUCGCUCUCAACGGCCGGCUAUCGAAGGAGCCAAGAAACUCCUUUAUAGAGCCCUUCCAAUGGUGUCCCAGCACCUUGAUAACUUUCAGGUUUGCGGUUUGCCGCCGAUAUUCGAGCUUUCUUUGCGCACUAUCGCCGAACAAGCGUUCACUCUGCGCAAUAAAAUCGAAUCCGACAUGUUCCCUUUCGGACGGUGGACUGAAGCGCUCCUUCAGCGAACCACGGAGCUUAGUUCAACUUGGCCAGUGUAUCGCUCAUUGUCUGCUUCCAUCGAUCACUGGUACCGUUCUAAAGAUCUCCCCGGAAACCCUGCUCUAUCCUAUCAACCACCAGAGGCAGGAUCAGCACCCGGAAUGGCUAGCAGUAUGACCAGUACUGCACUACCCCCUGGGUCUAUGGCAACAUCGGCGGCAGGGUAUCCGAACAUAAUGGGCGAGCCUACGAUGAACCCUCACAUGAGAAGGACUGCACCUGGAAUGGGGGAUUCCGAUUAUACAUCUGCCAUUAUGGGCAUCACUAUCCCUGUCGACGGACAGUACAUGACGCCAAAAGAUCCCACGGUGGAAAAUCCUGAUUUAUCCAUGAUGGACGUGUCCUUCCAACAAACCUUGGACGGGCGAACGGCACACAUGGACAAGUCCGAGCCUGCUGCUGCUCUGAAUGCAGCAUUACCGCGGGGCCCGCGCCCCCAUCCGUCUACACCCGACUCUGGCGUGUCGAGUUCGAUGAUGUCGGUCACCGGCCCGGGCGUUAUACACGAACGUUCUGUACCUUCCGGGGAUAGGAGCUCGGAUACGACAGAGCGUAUCGGGUCAACCGGCGACAUUGACGCCAUCUUCAAGGAUCUUGCAUAUCUCGACACCACAGAGUGGGCUAACAAUCGCGAGGCCGCGCUGAAGGAUUUCGGAUUUAUUGACGAGAGUACAUUCCAGGCUUUCUGCCAUGACCCAGACCGACUCGCUGGGACUCAGCCGUUGGUACAUCCCCCGUCGAUUGCCGACAUUUGGCCGCCACCGGGCUUUUUCCCGGAGACGUUUCGUGACACUACGGAAGAUGUGAUGGAGGGUUGA